AUGAAGUUCUUCUUCGACCAGACCGUUGCGUCGGUUACGAACCUUGUUUUGUUUGUUGUUUUGAUUAAUCUCCUCAAGGGGAGGCGUUGCCCAGGGCCUCUCGUCUCUAUUCUAAUGUACACAGUUAUCCCAGUGGACCGGCGGGUUGUUUUUGGGAGUGCCUGUGGGGUAAUUUGGGGUAUCUAUCUGAGUCUAUACGCGGUUGUUUAA